CGCAAAGUUGUCUUUUCUCUCCUUCAUGACCUUGAUUAAUGAAAUAUGGAAAUAUGUUGGAUUUUACAUAGUUAUUUUUGAACAAGAAAAUGCAAUUGCUGUGGCGCCUGCAUUAUGGGUAGAGGAGGUGAAUGGGGUUCUGAUUUGCUACUGGCCCCGUAGAAACGCUGCUGCCAUGGCAAAGGCCUCCCAAAGGCCAGAUAAGGAGCUCUGGAAGCGGCACAAAAUAAGAAUACUCUCCGAGACUGACAACUAUAAGACAGCCAGAGAACGAGCCAAAAAAGCUGUAGAAAGUUCAAACGUGGACACAGAAGAAGAGGUGCUAAAAGAGCGGAAAAAAAAAGUACCAUCAAAAUACUGGACCGAGAGUGAAGGAGAAUGUGAGAUUCCUACCAAAAAAAGGAGAAAAAUGUCAACAUCCUCUCAGAAGCCAUCAAGCCUCCCAAAGCCUCCAAGUUACAAACCACCUACUGACAUCACAGCUCACUCACCUGAGGAAGAUGAGCCAUCCCUUCCAAAUCUUUCAGCUAAUAAUACUUUUCAUGAUUUCCAGCAUCUCAUCGAACAAUCUGAGCAGCGGAUGCUCCUCGCAAUUGAGAGAAUGUCAACAGAUAUUUCCAAUUCUAUUGAGCGUCUGAUCCAGGCUAUUCAACAGAAUCGUCCUGGUCCGGCAACCAUCACAACACCACCACAGGAGACCAUUGAGAGGCCCUGCAAAACAUUGCAGGAGCUGCAAGCUUUCCUAUUAAAACUUGAGGGCCCAGAAGGGAAAAAAAGGAUGAUACAGUUUUUGAGCCUGAUGGGAGGUAGCAACAUUGGAGACGCUGUGAGGAGAAUCCUUCGGAAAAUAGCCACCAAUGAGGCCUGGUCAAAUUACAGCCUGAAAGGCCGAAAAGGAAAACUGACCUUCAUUGGGACAGCCCUCCACCAUAUUGUUUUAAGUGCUUGUGCCAAACAAUUUCCGAAACACACAGAAAAGGAAAUUGAUACAUGUAUAGGGGAAACCCUCAAACAUGCACCUCACCGUGUCAAGUUGGUCGCAACACCUGCAGCGGAAGAAGAACUUCGGGCACCUCCUGAGGAUGGAGACAGUGACUGAUACACACACACACACACACACACACACACACACACACACACAGUAUAUAUUUAAUAUAAAUUAUUGUUUUUGUUAUUUGUUGUUCACCAUUUACGCAACAUAAAAUGAAUAUAAAUAUGUGUUCUUGUUGUUAUUACUGUUUCCUAA